UCAUGUUUGAAAUUAAGAAGAUUUGCUGCAUUGGUGCUGGUUAUGUUGGUGGGCCAACCUGUAGUGUUAUUGCACAGAUGUGUCCCAAUAUCCAAGUUACUGUUGUCGAUGUAAAUGAGGCCAGAAUCAAUGCCUGGAAUUCAGAUACGCUCCCAAUCUACGAGCCAGGGUUAAAAGAAGUGGUAGAAUCCUGUCGAGGAAGAAACCUCUUCUUUUCCACCAGUAUUGAUGAUGCAAUUAGAGAAGCUGAUCUUGUAUUUAUUUCUGUUAACACUCCAACAAAGACCUAUGGCAUGGGAAAAGGACGAGCAGCUGAUCUGAAAUACAUUGAAGCUUGUGCUAGGCGAAUUGUACAAAACUCAAAUGGCUAUAAAAUUGUCACUGAGAAAAGCACAGUUCCAGUGCGUGCUGCAGAGAGCAUUCGUCGAAUAUUUGAUGCUAAUACGAAGCCUAACUUGGAUUUGCAGGUGUUGUCUAACCCAGAGUUCCUUGCAGAAGGGACGGCCAUCAAGGACCUGAAGAACCCAGACAGAGUGCUUAUUGGUGGAGAUGAUUCUCCAGAGGGACAGAAAGCUGUCCGUGCUCUUUGUGCUGUUUAUGAGCACUGGGUGCCUAAAGAAAAAAUCCUCACAACAAAUACUUGGUCAUCAGAACUUUCUAAACUGGCAGCUAAUGCUUUUCUUGCCCAAAGAAUCAGCAGCAUCAAUUCAAUCAGUGCUCUGUGUGAAGCUACAGGAGCAGAUGUUGAAGAAGUAGCAAGAGCUAUUGGGACAGACCAAAGAAUUGGAAACAAGUUUCUCAAAGCCAGUGUUGGGUUUGGAGGUAGCUGUUUUCAGAAGGAUGUCUUGAAUUUAGUGUACCUCUGUGAGGCACUGAACUUGCCUGAAGUAGCCCGCUACUGGCAACAGGUAAUAGACAUGAAUGAUUAUCAGAGAAGAAGAUUUGCUUCCCGCAUUAUUGACAGUUUGUUCAAUACUGUCACUGAUAAGAAAAUUGCUAUUUUAGGGUUUGCAUUCAAAAAGGAUACUGGAGACACAAGAGAGUCAUCCAGUAUCUACAUUAGCAAGUAUUUAAUGGAUGAAGGAGCAAAGCUCCAUAUCUAUGAUCCUAAAGUACCUAAGGAACAAAUAAUCUUGGAUCUCUCACAUCCAGGUGUUUCAGAAGAUAACCAAGUGUCUCGGUUGGUCACUAUAAGUAAAGAUCCCUAUGAAGCCUGCGAUGGAGCUCAUGCCCUUGUAAUUUGCACUGAAUGGGACAUGUUUAAGGAGUUGGAUUAUGAACGUAUUCAUAAGAAGAUGCUGAAGCCUGCAUUUAUCUUUGAUGGUAGGAGAGUUCUAGAUGAUCUUCACAAUGAGCUACAAGUCAUUGGCUUCCAGAUUGAAACAAUUGGGAAGAAGGUGUCAGCCAAAAGAAUUCCUUUUGCUUCUUCAUGUGAAAUUCCUAAGUUCAGCCUGCAGGACCCACCUGUCAAGAAGCCUAGAGUAUAAUGUUUAAUAGGAAUUCUGUGGACCUUCUUAGUUGUAAUAACUGUAAGCCUAUGCUUUUUUUAAAGGAAAGAUAUUUUUCAUAAACUAAAAACCAAUUUUACACUAGAAAUGGUACCUAGUACAUGUGAUUUCAUUCUAUUUUCAAAUCUCUAUUUUUAUAACUAUUUUUUUUGAUUACUGAAGAUGGUACA